AUGAGUUCGCAAGUAUUACCCAAGAAAAGGGGGAUACAGAAUGGAAAUGGCAGAACACCUUCUGGUAGGGUUAGUUCUCUACACGAUCUUUCACAUAAAGGUAGGGUCAUCUCUGGAAGAACUCUAUCCAAAUCAAAACGAGUACCUUCAAAUAAUAGACAUGUUAGUCGUGGGGACCUUUUUGUGGGUAGAGGUGAAGAUGCAAACGGGUCGUUUUCGGAAGAAAAUGCCAUUCACUUUGACGAGAAUAAGAAUACAAUUUUGUCCAAUUUCGAAGAGUGGAUAAAGCUAUCAACCGACAAUAAGAUUACAUCGAAAAAUUCGUGGCAAUUCGCCUUGAUUGAUUACUUUCACGACUUGAAUGUUAUAAAGGAUGGAGAAAACAUUAAUUUCCAAAGGGCAUCUGCAACUUUGGAUGGGUGUGUCAAGAUUUAUCUGAGUAGAGUGGAGUCUGCGGCCACUGAGACAGGUCGGUUGUUAAGUGGAUUAGCCACCAAGAAGGGUCAGGAAGCGAACGAGAACGGAGAGGGCAACGAGGAUCAGCUCAGUGAGUCGGAGGAAGCAAACGACUCACAAAUGGGCGUUGGUGACUCUAAAAGGAAGAGAAAAAUAAAUAGGGUUCUUGAAUCUACUUUGGUACCGUUUGAAACAAUAAGAAUUAGAAAAUUGGACCAGGAGUUGGCUAUUGAUCCGUUAUUCAAAAAGGCGUUGGCGGAGUUUGAUGAAGGCGGGGCUAAGAGUUUAUUGUUGAACACGUUAAAUAUUGAUUCUUCUGGUAGAGUUGUAUUUGAUGCAACAUCUAACCCUAUCAAAGAUGAAUCUGCAGAACCGAGUCCCAUAUCGCAGGAGAGGAUACAAGGAACUGAAAUUGAACCAGAUAUCUCUACAUUACAAAAUUUUAUUUUCAAGAAUCCUGAAGAGUUAGAUGAUUUGACCAUAUGUCCAUCCUUGGAUCAACUAGACGUGGUGCUUGCAGAUGUCAAUAAGGCUAAGACUAUAUUAAGUGAUGUAAACAACAAGUUUCUGCACGACGAACAAAACGACGACGAAUUUGCUGAUAGAAAUAGAGUUAACGAUGAAGUGGACCUUGAAUUCCCUAACUAUGAUGAUGAUGAUUUUGGUGAUGUAAAUGAGGGAAAUUUUGAUGAUGAAAAUAACGAACAACAAAAUAAAGAAUUUAAUGAAACCAUAUCAGAACAGAUGGUGGGUAAUACAGGGAAUGUCAUGACCUCGGCUGCAAGUGCCAAGCUCCUUGAUGUCGAUCUUAUGGCGUAUUUUGAUGAAAGAAUGAAAACCAAUUGGAGAGGGCCAGAACAUUGGCGUGUUGCUGCGAUUAAAAAAUCAAAACGUGUAGAAGAUCCAACUAUCAAGAAGGAAACUAAUGUAUCAGAACAAGCACAAAAGAAGAAACAGUCAAUAAUCAUAAAUUUUUUUGACGACGAUGACGACGAUGAUAUCGAAGAUAAAUUAUUUGAAACCCCUAAAAACUCAUUAUCAACAACCAGGAAACCCGACGGAAGAACGAACGAAAACGCUAAUAGACUUCCCGAAGACAUCCAGUAUAAUUCGGUCAGACUUACAAACUUAUUUAUGAAACCUCAGACUUCCAUUUUAUACUUUCCAAAGAAGGAUAUACUGUCUUCACCAAACCAUUCAAAGCCACUUACGGACGAAAACUUCUUUGCCAACCAAUACCAUCAGAACCAAGAGAACGACAGAAUGUCUACAUCGAUGCGCCAAGCUGAACUUGAAGACCUUGACGAUUUUGGUAACGACGACGAUUUCGGAGGCAUAGAUUUCAAUGAUGCAUUGGAAGGUGGCACAAUUUUAAGCGGGGCCGAUCCCGACAAAACAGGAGGAAUGGCAGGUGGAACACAAUUGAUUACUGGUGGUAGAAAAGUGCGACCAGAAUACGUCAAUUUCUCCCGGAUGGCAAAAAGAGUUGAUGUCAAACUUUUGAAGGAUAAUUUGUGGAAUAGCUUGAAGCCGAAGAACGGACCCACAACAGAUGAUUUACAGCCUAAGGAAGAGCCCCGUUCUCCUACCGAGGAUACUAAAACGUUCGGAGACGUAGUUACUUCCGUUGGUAAGUUGUACGGAUCGGAUGAGAAAAAGGAUUUAUCUACAAGUUUUUGCUUCAUUUGCUUACUUCAUUUAGCAAAUGAGCAUGGCUUUGAUAUAGCUCCAAACGAGGCUCACGAUGACUUGGCAAUCACUGGUAUAUAG